AUGGCGCGGCCGGUGGCCGAGCGGCAGCUGCUCCUGGGGCCAGGGCCACCGCUGCGGCUGCUCCUGCUGCUGGGCGUCCUCCUGCUGCGCGGUGGAGCGGCGGCGGCGGCCGAGCCGUGCCAGGCGCCGCGGCAGUGGGAAGGGCGCACUGUGUUCUACGAGCAUGGCUCGGGCCGCAACACGCGGGCCUCUGUCUCCUACGACGGCCCCAACCAGCGCCUCCGCAUCGUGGAGGAGAGGAAGGCGCUUUUCCCCUGCAAGAAGUUCUUUGAGUAUAUAUUGCUCUACAAAGAUGCAGUGAUGUUUCAGAUUGAACAAGUUACAAAGCUUUGCUCAAAGAUUGCUCUGACAGAGCCAUGGGAUCCAUAUGAUAUUCCUGCCAAUUCAACUUAUGAAGAUCAGUACUACAUUGGGGGACCUGGAGAUGAAGUUAUGGUACAGGAAUGGUCUGACAGGAAACCAGCCAGGAAAUUGGAAUCCUGGGUUGGCGUUUACACUGUCCAAGACUGUUACCCUGUACAGGAAACCUACACCAAGAACUACAGUGUGACAACUUCCACUCGCUUCUUUGACAUCCAUCUGGGCAUUGCAGACCCCUCCAUCUUCACUCCACCCAGCACCUGCCAGACAGCCCAGCUGACGAGGAUGAAAGAUGAAUGCUGA